AUGUCUGCAAUACUCCAAGGAGCUGGAGCUACGACGGCUCUCUCGCCGUUCAAUUCUAUCGAUUCCAACAAACUCGUACCUCCUUCUCGCUCAUCUCUUUCAGUAAGGAGCAAGAGAUCCAUUGUUGUGGCUGGAUCUGAUGGGAUUAAGAGCUUUGGUUCUGGCCUCAUAACUCGUCGCUCUGAGCCGUUGAUAGCAAAUGCUGUUGCGACGAAGGGGGAAAAUGCUGCGACCUCUACCUUAUCAAAGCCUGGACAUGAGCUAUUGCUUUUUGAAGCUCUUCAAGAAGGUUUAGAAGAAGAGAUGGACAGAGAUCCACAUGUAUGUGUCAUGGGUGAAGACGUUGGCCAUUACGGAGGCUCAUAUAAAGUAACCAAAGGCCUAGCUGAUAAAUUCGGCGACCUUAGAGUUCUCGACACUCCAAUCUGUGAGAACGCCUUCACCGGUAUGGGCAUUGGAGCUGCCAUGACAGGACUAAGACCCGUAAUUGAAGGUAUGAACAUGGGGUUUCUGCUCUUAGCCUUCAACCAAAUCUCCAACAACUGUGGCAUGCUUCACUACACAUCCGGUGGUCAGUUCACUAUCCCGGUUGUGAUCCGUGGUCCCGGUGGUGUGGGUCGCCAGCUCGGAGCCGAGCAUUCCCAAAGGCUCGAAUCUUACUUCCAGUCGAUCCCUGGGAUCCAGAUGGUGGCAUGCUCAACACCUUACAAUGCUAAAGGAUUGAUGAAAGCGGCGAUAAGAAGCGAGAAUCCCGUGAUUCUGUUUGAGCACGUUCUGCUUUACAACCUCAAGGAGAGUAUCCCAGACGAAGAAUACAUCUGUAAUCUAGAAGAAGCGGAAAUGGUCAGACCCGGUGAACACAUCACGAUCCUGACGUACUCGCGGAUGAGGUACCAUGUAAUGCAGGCUGCAAAGACGCUGGUGAACAAAGGGUAUGAUCCAGAGGUUAUCGACAUAAGGUCGUUGAAGCCGUUUGAUCUGCACACAAUUGGAAACUCAGUGAAGAAGACCCAUCGGGUUUUGAUAGUGGAGGAAUGCAUGAGAACGGGAGGGAUCGGAGCAAGCUUGACGGCUGCGAUAAACGAGAACUUUCAUGAUUACUUGGAUGCUCCGGUGAUGUGUUUAUCGUCUCAGGAUGUUCCAACUCCUUACGCCGGUACAUUGGAGGAAUGGACUGUUGUUCAACCAGCUCAGAUUGUUACUGCCGUCGAGCAACUCUGCCAGUAA